GAUAGAACAUAAGCGUUGGCUGUUUUUUAAGCUCCAGAGUACUAUUGAGAAAUGAGACUAUUCCUCGUUUAUGUUCCAAAGGAUACUUUCGAUAAUAAAUUUGUGAACAGUGAGUGAACAGUGAAGUCACUGAACACGGUCAUUGAACAACAGUAAACUGUAAACUACGAUUUACGAAUCACUUCAUUCGGUCGUUUUUCAGUGUUCCACUAAACUUAUCUUAUGCUGAAAUUUUAAAUAGCAGCCUUUCAUUUGUUUUUUUCACAAGCCAACUUUAAAUACUUUACAAAACGCGAAAAUGGAAAUGGUGUGUUUGAUUUGAUGGUGAAGUGAAGCUGACAUUUAAUUCAAUGACCUUUUAAACAGACCGAAAGUGUAUCAAUAUUCAAUACAAUAUGUUGUGUAGCCUGUUCCAACACCGAAAUUGUAUACAAUAAAAAGUAGCUGCUACUGUUUUCUACUAAUCUCAUUCAUAAACAAUGGGGUUGAAAAGGGCUCCGCCAUAAAACUAUCAGUGGGUCGUUAGUCCGUCAUAAAACCAUAAAAUAAAAUUCAUGACAUCGGUGCAAAAAAAGGUGUUAGUCGACGAUGGUGGAUCGGCCUCAAAGUGAUAGGAGGCUGUCGAGAUAUGAUCGAGGGAUUCAGAGCUAUGCUGCUAACAGUUCAAUUUGGGCAGCUGGAAGACCACGUUGUGGUGCACUCAGCUAAUGAGUACCAAAGUGUGGCAUCGUGUAAUGUAUGUUCGCGAUGUCGGGCAAGCCCGCGAAUGUGGGCGCGUCGCGAGCGGGCGUGGCGGGUGCGCCGCGCGUGCUGGUGUACGUGGCGGAGCAGCGCCAGCUAGAGCCCGGCACCGCACCGCCCGACCUGGACACCCUUCGACACUCGCCACUGGAAUCCCUAUACCUGCCUGAUAAUUUGCAGCCGCAGCUGCGAUCAUCUUUUUAUCGUACACAAUCAGAAGGAGUUGAACAAAGAUCGCACCAGAACCAAUUGUUUUACAAGAAUUUUAAUGACAGUGAUGAUAAAAUUGACAGUUUAGGGUCUAUUGAAAAUAUAACUCAGUUGCCAGAUUUAUAUCCUGUAUCACAGCAGUAUGUCAAAGAUUCCUGUAUUAAAGUAGAAGAAACAAAAAGUGAAGGGUCUAGUGGAAGCAACUAUCGGCAGGAGGACUGUGCUGGUCCACUUAGUUCAGAUUUGGGUUGUGUAGAAACAUUCAGUGCUCGAUUACCUGUAGGAACUGUAGACACAGCUACUCAAUUGAGAUGUGUCAUUCCGGGAAGUUCCAAUGGUACUAUGCCCCAUAUGCAACAAAUGGCCAUUCAUCAUGGGCAAAAUCAGUUUUGUGAAAGUGUGACAGUACAAAGUGGUGAAGUAGCCAACUGUAGUGAGCAAGAAUUAUCAAUUGGAAAGAGUUAUGUGAACUACCAAUUUUUAGAACAAAGUGUCUCUCAUCAGUCAAUAGUAAAUCAAAGUAUAAGUAUCUUAAACCAGCAAGUUGGGGUUAACAAUGGAAUUGCUAAUGAAGUAGAUAGCAGUAGCAGUCCACAACUGGUUCGGACUGCUGAUGGUGUUGUGUUAGCAGUACUUCCUGCACCUGUUGUACCAUCUCUUGAUUCUUUAGAAAACAACUCAAGGAAUCAACAAAGUGAACAUUCACUUUCUAUAACAGUGCCGUUAGGGUGGAGGAGAAUAGUCAAUGGUGCGUCAGUGUUGUAUAUUAGUCCGAGUGGGACAGCGUUGAGUACGUUGCCUCAAUUGCGAGAAUAUCUACAGACUGCUGGCACCUGCAAGUGUGGCUUACCUUGUCCGCUCAGGCCGGAAAUGGCCUUUAGUUUCGAUCCAAAGGUGAUCAGUAAACCUUAUCAAGCCGCUUCCGAGGCCGAAUCAACGAAGUUGUGCAACCAUAAGCGGAAAUUGUUGGCAACACUGCAGUCGAGGUCGCAGUCACCCGCCACUCCACCGCCACAAAACAUGGAACAAAAGAGAGUUAUGAGUACCGAGAUUGUGCUGAAGAAGAAAACUAAGAGAAGGGGUGGACUCCCAACUAAUGUUACUAUGUCACAAGUCAUGGUGCAAAGGGAAUUAUCGCUACACGAUAUAAAGUUCCAUGACACUGAACUCAAUAGAGAAAUUGUUCAGACAUCUCAACGUGUCGUUAACAACCAACCGUGUCCACCAUCAGCGUACGGGUCAUCUCAACAAAAUCUCUCGGGCGUUGCACCUCAGGGCAACGAGAUGAGACACGAAGCACACCCUCCAAGAAGUUCCCAUUACCUAACUGUCAACAGUGGCUGGAUUUCCCAACACCAAGAAAAGUCGGACAAUGGCCAGUCCUCGAGUCAUUCGACGAUGACUACUGUCCAACCAUCUCUUAAUGGUACACCAGUAUUAGGUUCUAAUGGUCAAAUAAUUGGCGUUAAUACAGGGUACAGCAAAUAUUCAAGUUACAAGAAUAAUAUGGCCGUUAACUCGAACGCAACGUCACAGGAACUGAAAGACGAAAAGAAAGAAAUGAACAUACAGCAUCAAAAACAUUCUUAUAAAGAAGAGGAAUCUCAAAUGUUUUGCGGUCUUAAUCAAGCGUUAACGCCAGAAGUUAUGCAAAAAAUAAACGAACAACAACAUAUAUUUAUUCAACAAAAUCAAAAACAAAUAGAAAUGGCCAUGAAAGGUUUCCGAUCGCAAUUAACGGAUAACGGCAACCAAAACAAAUCGCAAAAUCAAAAUCAAUACAAUCAAGCGCAGUUAAUGAUACAAAACGGUGCCGUUGUUAAAACCAAUCCCGCGAAAACUCCACCGUGGCAAGUGAAGAGAAAUGAAUCAAUGACAAGCCCUGGUAUAAAGGCAAGCAAGUCUGAUAAUCUGGACAGCGAAGAAGCGAACACAAACGUAUCGGAGGACUCGUCAAGUUCCUAUAGUUCGUUUUCCAGUGAACAAUCAGUAAACCACACCGUAUGUUCCCGGGUGCCGCCGCUACCGCAGCACUACUCGAUGCUGGGACAACACUGGCCUGUUAUGGACACAACCAAGAAACGAAACAAACCCAACAGUAAAGGCAGUAAGAAGAAAAACCCUCCCACGGAAAAUAAAAUGCUGUCCUACGGUAAUAACGGAGUUCGUCUGGUGCACGAUUCGAAAGGAAACACAAACGAACUACCGAACACUAAUGUUCCUUCUUUUAUGGAUGAUCCUAAUGGGUACCUAGCGCAACAAACCGUUUUGCUAAACAAUACCAUUUCCAGACAAGUGGGCAUAAACGCGACCUACGAAAGCUCUCAGUACGACCAUUCUGUAAAUUCUAAUUGUUUCGGAGCACAAAACUCCGAAAAGAAAUCGGCAUCAAAAUCAGUGGAGUCGUCCAACGUGCUAAGGAAUCAUGUGCCGAAUCACUCUUUAUCUCCGACGUCCACGCCAGACAGCAGUGUGCUGUCGGAAAACACACCACAAUGCUGUAAAGGGUGUAACGUAUCGAGGCGGCCCCCAGCUCCGGAAUGCAAUGAAAAUCAUUCGAGGUUUAAAUACAGCAAGCACAACAUUUUCAAAUUGGAGCACGACAAUACGACGUCAAGUACGAAAAACAACUUUGAAGACAAUCCAAUAACGUCUACUUUCGUAGAGCGAUGCUCUUUAGGUGAUAAUAAUGGACCUAUACAGGCAGCUACAGUCAGUACCAGUUCAAUAACGGAAACCUUACAACUUCCCGAACCAUCGCCCACGCUAUCGAAUAGCUCUCGCAAUACAGACACCCCGCACAGUAGCGGUUGCGUUAAUAACCAAGCUUUAUCUAAUUCGAUGUAUACGUUACCGAGUCCGGCCUAUUCGAACACUGGCUCUGGAAGAGAUAGUUUCAGCAGUAAUCCUUCGACACCAGGAAGCGGUCAGAUGUAUCCUUAUAACUCUCCAGGACCACCUGUCAGUAAUCAGUCCAUCACUGGAACACAAAUGCUGCAUUUUAUAUCAAAUCACAAUGUUAAUAAAAAUCUUAUGGAGGUAGACAACAUAUCGACAAUGGUAGGAGUGAAGUCGGGCAUGAAAACUCCGCAAGAGAUUUAUAAACUCGAGCACCGGCAUUUGACGGAAAAUGCAAUGCCCGGUUACUGUCCGCCGCCGCAUUUGGGCGGUGGUCCCGCGCACUCCUUGAUACAAACCUGCUAUGUACAAACUUUUGUGACAACAAUGGCCAGUGGCUUCUCUGUGACUAGAGACACUGUAACGUCUGUGUUAGCCGGAAAGGCAAAAACUGCUACAACAUCCAUCAAUGCUUCACAGGCCAAUUUCGUAAGACCCCCGCCGCCGCCCAGCGUCAACUUAGCGACCUCCUAUGCCAUUCCAAAUAACCAACCAGACCCGUUUAUUAAUUCAGUUAAUUUACCAACGAGCUACCCGCUGCACAUUGCGGGAACCACAGCACAGAACAUGAUAUCCAAAUCUCCAUUAGAAAUGGUUCAGAACGUCAUUGGGAACUUAACACCUAAAUCUGACAUAAGUAUUUCUCAAACGAGCUCUUUGGCUCAAAUACGAAGGACAUGUCCAACAACUCCAGGACAGAUACUUAUAUCUUCAACUGGACAAAUUAUCGUGUCCAAUAAUCAUAUGCCCCCACCGCCUCCGAAAACAACCACGUCAUCGUCAUUGCACACUUCAAGUACUAAUGUGAGCGCGUCCGUGACUCAAGUCAUACCGGCCGUCGGUGGUGUGCAGUCGCUCGUAAAUCAACCGGCUGUUGUGGUCAAUACCUUGCCGACGCCAUUCGUCAUCCAACCGUCGAUGAUGGCGGUUGACGGUCAGGUUGUCCAGCAAAAUGCUGUUUUGCCGCAGAUCGUAACAGGGGGAAUUGUGUCAGCUCAGUCGUCGCACGAAAAUGCAAGGAACAUUGAUGUCAAAAAUCAAAUGAACUUCGUACAAGGUGUUGCGAUGGUAUCACCAGAGAGCAUAAAAAAGAGAAGUAAGAAAAAGAAAAACCAAACUGCAAACAUAACGAGCAUGUUGCAAAUUGCAGCCCCUCAGCAGAACAAUAAUUUGAUGGUUCAUCAUUCUUCACCGCAACAUAAUUCCAAUUCACAGUUCUCUCCCCGAAGUUUUCAACUAUCACCGAACAAUAAUAUAUCGCCAACUCCGAUGCUGCAAGCUUUGACCAUAGUGCCUGGUAAGUCCGGAACUCCGGCUCACAUCGUGAUGAACGGCCAAAGUAACAACAAUAGUUAUGGAUCUCAACAAAUAUUAGCAAAUACGUCUCCCUCUCAACAAAUAAAUCUACUACAGCCCGUCAAUCUAAUAAACAAUGCAGGAGGCGUAAUGCCAAACUUCCCGGCCUUCCAACAGUUUAUAGUACCAAAUCUUGGUGGUAUGGUGAUGACAGCCGACGGUGCAGCUCUAAUUCAAGAUAACUCUGCCGGGAUGCCCAUGCAACUUCAACUGCAAGCCGUCAACGGACAGAACGUCCUCACCCCCGUUCAGAACUCGGGGGUGUUCACGGCAGGUACAGGGGGCAGCAUGGUCAUACGCGCACAAAACCAACAAGGAAAAAUGAUACAGUCACAACACAGUCCCGGGGCGCAGUUUUUGUCACCGAACGGACAGGUUAUGAUGAACAGUCCUAAUUUCAAUGGACAACUGAGUCCGAUGCUGGCGAACCUAAGCCCAACUAACGUCACGUUUGGAGCGAGUCCGCAGCUGCGGCCCGGCGCGGUGCAAUCUCAGGAGUUCCUUCAGACCAAUCAAAGUGGACAAACGUUAAUGGUCCCGAUGUCGCCGAAGCAAAUCUCGAUAUCAAGCGCGCCGAACCGCGCCUCGUCGACCUUCGUACAGAACACCACUAUUGUUCAGCAGCAGACGACGCUCGUGUCUAAUUCAUCCAACGUGCACGUGGCGUCCGUUCCGACGUCCUCCGCUCGACUGAACUUAGAUCCGAACCUUCUGUUGGGAAAGAAGCACAAGGGCAAAAGCGCGAUUCAGAGGAGUCAGGCUGUUGAAGAGCACAAAGAGGAAGCGAACGCUGAGGAGAACGAGUCUACGCUGCGGCACGUGCGGCACUCUGUGUCUACUCAGACCUUGUUGAACCAGGCGAGGAACAAGUCGCCAGGCAGCAGCCCGCCCGACACCACCACGCACAGCCCGCUCGGCGCCGACACGCGGCUCGCGCAGCCCGACACCACCACGGAGUCGCCCGAGCCCGCAGACACCAGCUCCUCGGCAAUGGUUCAAUGCGUGUCCAGUAGCGAGCAAGACAUGACCGAAUCUCGGGACCAGGUGUGGCCCGCGCCCAAUGACUUCCCGUCCGACACGGACUCACAAAACCUGAUGUCGAACGUACCGUUGCUGCGAGCGAACAUGAGCUCGUCGCCGCUGAACUGCCAGACGGUGAUGCCCGCCGCAUCCGCCUACUACGAGAGGAUGCAUCCGUACAAGAGGAAAAACGAAUUCGGCGACGGGUCCUCGUACAGAUCCGAUAAGAUAAUGCGGACGAACGGGUUCGGCGUUAACCACGGACUGACAAAGGACCUGGAUUAUAGCGCUAUGACUGUGAGCUCGCAAGACCGAAGCUACAGGCACUACCAGGCCGCGUCGGACAGACACAAUUUCAGUUCUGGCGACGAUGCGAAGAGCGACGAGGAGGAUGUCGAGACCGAGGGCGAGGCUGAGGGCGAGGCGGGGGACGAGGCGGAGGACGAGGCGGGGCAGAGGGACAGAGGGGACAAGUUCGCGAGGGGGCAGGUGGUGUGGGGCCCGGCGCCGGGGCACGCGUCGUGGCCGGGGCAGCUGGAGCGGCGGCGCGCGGACGGGCGCUGGGAGGUGCGCUGGUUCGGGGCGCGCGGGCUCGGCGUGCUGCACCCCGCGCGCCUGCUCGCGCUCUCCGACGGCCUGGACGCGCACCACGCCGCGCGAGAGCGACACAGGAACAGGAGUAGAAAAUUGAAUACUUUAUUGGAGAACGCGAUCCAGGAAGCGAUGGCGGAACUCGAUAAAAAUAGCGGAACCGGCGCGUCCGUCGCGCAGCGGGAACGGGACCGCGAGGGGGACAGCGACGCCCCCUCCCUCACAGACACUCCGAAGAAGAGUAGGAAACGUGAUAAAUCUAAAAAUAAAGAGAAGAAGAAAAGUGCCGCCAAAAUAUCUCGGAACAAACCGACUGAUACUCGUCUACGGAGCUCACAGUGAAGACGCUGCCGUAGCGGACACGACCUAACAGUUUUUUAACAAAAUACAAGCAUUAUUACAUAAAUAUUUGUAUAUUACUCUUCGUGUGUAAAAUAAUUCAUUAAUAUCGUUUGAUGAAUGAGAACUACAACGAACAUUUUUCAAUAGAGGCAGUUGUACAUUAUUUUUCUAUUCGAUGUUGGCAGCAUGCGCUAACCGUUUGCCUACGAGAGAACCUAACAUUAUUUGUUUCGAGCUCCUGUACAUUAUACAGACUACUGUGUGCUUAGUGCGAAUUUUUUAACGUUCUCGAUAGAGUAAAAGUAACCCAAAUUUGUAUGCAGUUGGAACAGCGUUUCUAGCGGCAAACGUUUCAAUUCCAUACAAAUUUGAUUUAACUUUUACGCUAUCGAGAACGUUAAAAAACUCGCACUAAGCUCACUGUACGCUCGAGGCUCGCCCGACGUAGCUGCGUCGGGCAGAGCGAUGUGGUGACGUCACGCGUGUAACGUUUGUAAGAUCGUCUACCAUUGCGACCAUUGAACCUUUACCUUGAAUAGUAAGAGUAAGAUUAUUAGACAAAGUAAAGGUGUCCCUUGUUCAUAUACAGGGUGUAAGGUAAAGCCUUCCGGACGCCGAAAAGGAACAGUAAAAUCUAACAUAACCUUAAAAUAAUAUUCAUUUGCUAAUCUAUGCAAAUGUCAAGGCCAGCGUCUGUAGCCGAGGUCGUGCAUGGCGCCUACCUACACGCAGCCUUAAGCCCGCUGAGUUUCUCGCCGGUUCUUCUCAGCGGGUCACGAUUCCGAUUCGGUGGUAGAUUCAUUCGCGAAGCAGCUGCUCUUGCGUUGUUAGG